UGUAGAAUAGAUUAAUAACUGGAUAUACCUAAUGGAUAAAUCCAGAAAAAGAAAAUUAAGUGACGAAAAUUUGUCAGAAGGGCCAGACAGACCGGAAAAGGCGGGGACAUCGGGCAACAAUACCGGUAACCAGAACGAACUUGCAGUCGUGGAAGCAUUCGGGAAUAUUAAUGAAAAAGCCCUUCAAUCUUUACCAACUUCGAGUCUAAAAUUAGCUCCUGGAACUAAUGUAACAUUAGUGAAACAAAAUUUUCAAUAUGUUGUCAAAGGAGAUCAAGUAACAGCAAAGAAUCUCAUAUCGGGUUCCUCCAACAUCAAGGUCGUGAAUCAAGAGGGUUCAACAGAAGCAGACUCUAAAACCGACGAUCCAAAUCAAAUCCCAGAUUCUCUCCAACUAAGUGAUUCCAUCUUUUUGCUCCAUAAAGAAAAAAUUGACAAAUUAGGAAAUGUCUGUAAGGGUGUACAAAUACAUCAUGGUUUUGGCAAAACUCCCAUUGCUAUCAAAAGUAUUAGGCAUUCUGAAAAAAACGAAAUGGAGGCAAAAAUUCUUGUUAAGCUUUGCCCUCAAUCUAAUGUUGCCCAAGUUAUUCAAUCUGGUGUUUAUGAAGUCGGUCAUAUGAAGUACAUUUAUAUCGCCAUGGAAAUUUGUGGUCCCCAAAAUUUGACAGAGCAUGUGAAAAGCAAGAAGGGGAAACAAAAUCCCGAUGUUAAAUUGAGGCAAAUACACCAGCUUGUGGAUGGCAUUGUCCAUAUUCAUAAAAAUGACGUGAUUCACCGUGAUUUAAAACCUGAUAAUAUACUGUUUUCGACUGAUGGAAAAUAUCUCAAAAUCAUAGAUUUUGGACUCAGUAAGCAAAUAACCAGCGGUCGAUCUGUCACUAAUGUGAGCACUUUACGUGUUGGCACUGAUGGUUGGAGGGCCCCAGAAACGUACAACUCAGACGUUAUUUCUAAAGCAACUGACAUUUACUCCCUGGCCCUUAUUAUACAUUUCAUUGAGACUGAUGGACAUCACCCAUUUGGUGAUGACCCAGAUGAAUGGAAUGCUAAUAUCAAAAAGGAUCGUGGGUUGGAUUUGAGCAAACUAGAGGCUGAUAGUGAGAUAUAUCGUUUGCUAAGAUGGAUGCUCAGCUUCAAUCCGCGAGACAGGCCAACUGCAGAUGAAGUCCAGAAGCAUAAGUACUUUGGAGGGGAUGUUGAUGGUCCAAGCUCUACCAUUACUAGAGAGAGUCAGGAAAUUGAGGCAAGAAUUGAAAAAAAACGUCGAGCAAUAGAGAAAGAAUAUUCUGAAAAAAUCAAGGCUCUGGAAAAAGAAAUGAAGCAAGAAAAGGAUGAGGUGGUUCGCAAGGCACUGCAAGAAAGGCUUAAAAAGUUGAUUGCCGAAAUAGGGAAGAUAAAUGAAUGGGAAGAUUCAGAACAUGGAGACUCCCCACCAUAUUAUGCAGGAUCCUCACCAGAUUAUGAAGACUCCUCACCAGAUUAUGAAAACUCCUCGCCAGAAUAUGGUGACUACUAGUCAUCAUUCUGAUGUGGAUGAAUACGCAUGGGAAAAGGAAUAGAGAUAUAUGAGGAAAUAACGAAAACUUGUUCGUGGAAUAUUCCUGAGCCCAUGAUACUUAACCCCUUACAAAUUUAUGCUGAGAGGUCAAGACAGCAUGUGUUAUCAAUUUUUUGCUCUCAAAUUGGGUAGAAAAUUCUGAACAGAAAAGAUUACUGCCCGUCAAAUAAUAACGAGCUCUCUGCAGAUCAUAAAACACAUAUCUGCUAAAUAUCAGUGGCUGUGUAGCAGGGCCUUAUUCAAAUCGAAAGACGUUAUUAAUUAAGCAUUGUAUUUAAAAAUAAAAUGGUUCGAUUAAAGGUCUGCCUUCGAUAUGUAUAUAUUGUCAUUUUAUUCGUCAGCUGUAACUUUCUUACAUUUUUUCUGUCAUCAUACAUGGUGGCAUAAGAAUUCCCUGUGGCAAAGAUCUUGUUGAUUUGAAUAGGUAAAAGUUGGUGUAAAAAAUUGACUGUACUCUUUUAUGCCAGUAAUCUCCUGAGUUCUAAUUUUUAACUUAGCGAUGUCUACGCAUGUCCCAUUAUUUGUGCCACGCUGGUUGUGAAUUGGGUUAAAAUAGUAAAUUCACCCGAUCUUUAUUUUUUUUAUAACAUUGGCUAAUUCACCCAUUAUCUUCCAUUUUUAUAGAGCUUUUGGCAAUUUAUUGUCAUUUUACUGUAUUUUAUAAUUCACGAGUUCACCAAAUAUUUUUCAUUCCGUCAAAAUUAUUUUUUUAACACACCCUAUGCAUUUUCCUUGAUCUACUGUAGCAAUCAAAAUGUACAACACAACUGGUUAUCAAUGAAAAAAGUCUCUUGUAGCAAAAUAACAUAUGCAUAUGCUCCUCACCAAGAACUUGAUCAACUGGUCGUGAUGGUCUUGUGAUAAAAGUAUUGGACUGAAAUGUACUCCAAAAGUAUGUGAACCAAGAUGGCUGACAUCGGAACAUGGUAUGUGUACCAGGUUGGGGUUAGGCCAUAGUUUCAAGUACAAAUACUACGGGAGUCACUUGGCUAGUCCCCGAACUCGUAAUAGAACUAAAAUUUGAAAUCAAAUUAUGGCCAAACUCUAACCUGGUACUCAUACUACGUUCCGGUGUCCGCCAUCUUGGUGCACAUACUUCUGGAGCGCCGACUGGGCUGUGUUGGCAAACACAGGUUACACAUCUGCGUUCAAAUCCCAUGGCCCCCACCUAACCCAAUGUGUAAUGAAUUGGGGGGGGGGGGGCUGGGGCUGAAUCUGAGAGAUUCUGGACCUUUCAAAGAUAGUGGCACCUAGACGGGCCUCGUUUGGUGAAAAAAGUUGGAAAAGCGAUAUGUAAAAAAAUGAACCGGCUGUCAUUUGUAUAAGCUGUCUCUUCGACUUUCCUCUCAGAUGAUUGUGAGAAAUUUCGUCAUAUACAACAGAUUGAGCCAUAUGCUGAAACAUUACCUGAUGUUUAAAUAGGGAAAACCCAUGCUGUUGAUUAUACAA